GUCUAACCCAGUUCUACUUCAAAUUGAUGUUCUGUUAACAUAAUCAAUGCUAUCAGUAUUUGUAGGUUAUUUUACUGUUUGUAAACCUUGUGUUUGAAUAUGGAAAAAAGUGCUAAAACUGAAGUUUCUCCUUUACAAAAUUAUUUUAAUUAUGAUACCAGUUCUGAAUCGAAUGUUUUCGAUGAACUUUCAACUGCGAAUUCUUCGGCGAUGAUGUCAAGUAUAGUGGAAUCAAAGUCCACUCAAGAUUUAUUCAACGCAGCCGUUAAGAAGAAAACUGUAGAGAUAACUAAUAAUAUAACUACCCUUUCUCUUGAUCCUAAGGAAAGUGAACCAGUGGUUUGCAAAAUAUUUUCGCAAGACAACUCAUCAAAAACAUUUUUUGAUUUGAUUAGUCCUUCUUCUGAACUAGACAGUGAUAUGGGUUCUAGGGAGUUUCACAGUAGUUCAUUAACUUCAUUUACAGAUUCAUCAGCGAGCAAUGAAGGUCCAUACCCAUCACCAUUGCAGGGUUUUGAAGAUGUAUCUGAUGUAUUAAAUGGAAUGGAAAGUGAUCGAUCAAGGGAAGCUUGGAUACCUUCAGAAGAAACUAGACGUGCCCUAAUAUUAGCCGCAACAUCAUCCCCAGGUUCUUAUACUCCUGAAAAAGAGUUGUUAACUAUGCCUGGUACUGUUUUAGAAGAAGAUAUGGUAGAUGGUGUUUACCAAUUAAUGAAACAGUAUUUCUCAGAGUCUGAAGCAAACCAGCGUAAAGUUUUAACAGUUUCUGAUGUCUCACAGGAUGAAAGAGGUCUCAGGGAAUUGAUUCAAGCAGAAUGUUUCAGAGCUGCUGUUAAUCUUACUGGAAGAUUGUUGACUCCUUAUGGACAAGGGUAUAAUAAACAAGGACAACCAAGUAAACACACGGUAUACACAAUACAGUUAUGGUUUACUCGUUUUUGUUUGUUAUUAAAACUGAAUGCAUUUCAAGUCGUUGAAUCUGAAGCUAACCCAUGGUGGGAUUUAGAUAAGCCUGACCUAUACUACCAGUUUUACCCAGAAUUAUAUGGUGGUAAAUUAGGUACUAUGGUCCCUUUUCAAAUGAGGCUUUUAUUAGCAAGUUUACCAGCUUAUUUAAAAAAUUGCCCUAAAGCCUUUGAAAGACUUUAUAGUGUUUUGGCAAUUGUGCGAAAGAUACUUUCAAAUUUAGAUAAUGGCAAAAGUGAAGAUGGUAGUCUCUUUGAGCUAAGUCCAAAAGAAAGGGAAAUAUCUAAACAAGUAUGGAGUUCAAGAGAAGCGAGAGUUCUUCACUCUAUUAUUAACGUUGCUUUAAUGGCUAAAAAUUUUAUCUUAGCUAUUGAAGUAUUGCAAUCCCUAGCUGAAAAAAGUGUGUCUAUAAAUCAAAAAAGGGCACUAGAAUCUUCUCUUGGAAGGAUAUUUUUACAAGUUGGUGAUGUCAUAAAUGCUGAAAAGUGUUUUACUGUAGCAAAUUCAUUAAAACGUAAUAAGAAAAAUACGUUGAGCACAAAUACUGCUGAUCUUCGUGAAUUAGUCGAUCAAGGAUUGGUUCAUGUCGCCCAGAACAACUACAAAGAAGCUCAUGAAUUGUUUCAAAAAGCAUCACUUCUGGAUCCAUCUAAUAUCAUGGUCUUAAACAACAUAGCUGUUUGUUUAUUGUAUAUGGGACAGUUAAAAAAUGCCUUGACAAUUUUAACUUCUGCCAUUGAUAGUAACCCUAGACAUGCUUUACAUGAAGCUUUACUUAUCAAUGUGUGUACAUUAUUUGAGUUGGAAAGUUCACAUUCUGAUCAAAAUAAACUAGCUUUACUUCGACAAGUAGCUAAGUAUCGUGGUGAUGCAUUUAAUGUAUCGUGUCUGAAAUUGCCAUUAAAGUAGCAUUCAUGUAACCGAUUUAGUUAUGGUUUUAAAAAAACUGGUUAUUUUAAAAGAUUCUACAAGAAGAAGUAUUAGUUUUCUAAUAAUGUUACUGAUAAGGUAUAUACCUUGUUAAAUUAUUUUGUAUAUAUUUUAUUUAUUUAUUGUAAAUAUAUGUAAAAAAAAAUUUGUAUAUGUAUUCAAAAAGGC